AUGGCGGUGGCGCGGGACUACGUGUGCUCGCUGGUGCGAUCUUUGGUAUCCAUGGGAGCAUCUGUGGGAGCAGUAACAAAACAGACCCUGUUCCCUCCUCUCAUGCCUGCAGGGCGACCUUUCCGUGUGUCAAAUGCCUCCCGAAGCAGCCGGAAAGGAAUUGUUGCAAGCAGUCUGCAAGAGCUCAUCAGCAAGACUUUAGAUGCCUUCCUCAUAUCUGCUGGAAUAGUUACUCUGGUUUUGGAGGAAGAUGGCACGGUUGUGGACACAGAAGAGUUCUUCAAGUCCCUGGAUGAUAAUACACACUUCAUGGUUCUAGAAAAAGGACAGAAAUGGACACAAACAAGAAAUGGAGUUGCCACUGUGAGACAAAAGAAGAAAAUGGGAGUAGCUAACAUCACAUUUGAUCUGUAUAAGCUGAACCCUAAGGAUUUUAUUGGCUGCUUAAACGUCAAGGCAACCUUCUAUGAGAUCUACUCUGUCUCAUAUGACAUCAAAUGUAUGGGAGCAAAAAGCGUAUUGCGGAAGGUGCUUCAGCUAAUGUCCCAUGCAGCACAAAUAACUGGACAGUUUCUUCUUUAUACUGGAACAUAUAUGUUGCAGUUGAUGGGUGAAUAUGAUGAAGAUGGCACGUGUACAACAUCAAGGCGGGAGUAGUGAACACAGCUGCACUUCUGACAUCGGAUCCUUUUGCUUAAAGACAUUCUCUUGCCCGAUUUUGAUUGUAAUGAUGUUAUUGUAGGGGGGUGUCCACUGAUGUGAACUAACAUUUUUCCCAUUUGGGAAUGCUUGUAGGCCUUAGUAAUAAAAUAAGUGUUUGGUGUUCACAGGCUCUUAACACAGCAAAAAGAUGGAUGCCUAAUGUCUGAGAAUUUGGCAGAAGGAGAGAGGGCAGGUUUAUUGUCCUAGUAACUCAAAAUGGAGAAUAAGUAUACUUGGAAACUUGCAUACUUUGUAACCAGUGGAAUAUUUCUUGCACCAAUCAAAGCAUAGUUUGGUUGUUUCUUUUCAUGGCUGUCUACUUGUGUUCCAAGCAGACUGGGCUGUAAGGGCAGGGCGGAGGGGGGCUGUGUGUUUUUAUUAAUCCUUAACAGUGCUGGUAUUAGUGUCCAACAGGCAUUGGGGUGCAAAAGGGUCAAGUGUGCUUAUUUACUCCUGUUAACAAUGGAACUACACAAUACAACUGAAUCCUGGUUCAGUGACUGACUACUCUGAAGUCUAAUUGGAGAAAGUGCAACUACUAAGCAGAAGUUUAAAAUUUAGCCCUACUUCCCUUAAAACUCUUCAUGUUUUUCUUCAAAUCUACAGAAAGUUCAGGUUAGUAUAGCUCAUAGCAGUUGAGGAACCUGACAUAUUGCUUUAAUGGGUCUAAUGUCCAGUUCUGCCUGAAGUAUUGAAUAAUUUGCCAUAGUUUCAUGAAUGUGUCUUACAGGCAACCUGCUGAAGCUUCCUUCAGGGGCUAAACCAUCACUUCUGUAGUUUUUACUGUUCAGCUACAAGGUGACACUACAACCAAGCUGUGCUUAAGGUACCUGUAGUAUGGAUCUGUAAGAGAUGCUGGAUUUUGAUGCCCCUGUGUUCAGGGGAGAGCAGCAGGGCCCUAUCUAGUCUUGUGUAACAUAGGUAUGCUCUGAACUGGGUAUUUGUGGUUUUAUACUCUCCUGAGACAAGCUGUAUUAAAGGGCAAAGUUUUUAAUCCUUAGGCAGAAUUGUCCAGAAUGUCUUCUACAGUUUAGUGAACUGCUAGUAUGACCAGCUUCCAGCAAGCUUCUCAACAGCAUAGAAAACUGGAAAAUGAGCAGUGGUGGGCAUCUUGUGUCAAAAUACAAACUCCCAUUGUUGAAGGGAAGAAGCUCAACUUUGGUUGUUCAUAGGUGUGGCUUUUGAUGUUUUCAUUUGCUUGCUUAUGAAGAAUUUUAGUAAGUUGUUACAGUCUUGCUUAAGACAGAAAGCUGUUAAGGGAACAGCAGAUACAGGUAAAUGUGUCUGACCUGAUGGCAGGCUCUACCUACGAAGAGAAGCUCUGGUGACAGAGUGAGCAAGUGGGGCAGGGAAAGAAAGCAGUGGGAGCAAAAGGGAAGAGGACCAGUGUGAACCCCACAGUGCUUGCCAUGCCUCUGCUGAGACAGGAAUUGCUUAACUAUGUGUGUUAACUGCACUGAUUAGUUGGAGGAAAAUCUAAUCAUCUAAAAGAGGAGCAGGUAGACUGAAAAGACCAAGCAUCAUGGUCAGUGGGAUCCAUUCUGAGCUGUCAGCUGGGUCUGUUCACUUCAAAUGUCUCUAGUAUGUGCUAUAUUGCUCUUGCUUUUAUUUGCAAAUUUCACUGUCAUAUGCUUAUUUUUGCUUUCCCUUUAUGGAUGUGACUUAGCCAGCUGGGGCUGCAUCUUUCAAAUCACUGUUGUGAUGAAAAGCAGCUUAAAUCCAAGUGAUAAAGGGACUGAUGGACACAAGUUCGGUAGGUCUCCAUCUGCCUCUUCAGUAAUGGUAUUACAAAUAAGUAGACAAACCUUGGUUUUCUCCUGAUUUCUGUUGUUACCUAUCUACUUCUGAGUGUUUGCUGGAGGAGUAGGGAGGGCAUACUACUCCAGACAAGGGGAGGACUGGUUCUUUCCUAAUUUCUCACAGGGAAAAAUGCCUGCAGUUUGCGCCACUGUCAUGUUUCCUUCAGAAGAAAACAAUAAACUAUUCUGUGAGUAAUGAGGAAGAGGUUAUAUUAAAAUGGAAGCUUUAUACUUAAUCUGUAUUGUUCUUGACACACACACCCCACCACCCCAAAUGACUGUUGCCAUGAUAACUGUUGGCGAAAGUCUUUCUACCCCAUCAAGUAAUUGCGUUUAACUAAUGCAGUAAGGACUUUGUAAUGAAUUCUUUCAGCUUUUAAUUACUAUUUAUUCUAUUAAAACAACCCCGCCUCUUGAAAGCAAACUCUAUGUAGUGCUCCUAAGAAUGUUUAUGUUGUUAAUGGUGGGAUCACCAACAUUAAAAAAAAAAAAAACAACAAACCCAAACAAAACGACUUGCAUAGUUCAAUAUUGCUUUGUGUGAAUUGCCUCUUCAACAUCUGUAAUACAAAAGCUUUUGCAAGUCUGAAUUGUGCAGAUUUCAAAUUCCAGCCUUCUAUAGCCAGAGGCUAUUGUUACAGAACUAACACUCUAUAUUUUCCAAUGGCACUGUCUGAGAACCUAACAUGAUCUAAAAUGCUAACUCGGUAUGAAUUUAAAAUGUUUUUAAGCAGCUGCUUCUUUGGCAGCUUAACACUUAAAACUUGAGCUGCUGAAGGUCAUGCGAGCUGCAAAGUCUCUGCCUCAGAGCAUCUCCCUCUAAUUCAAAAUGCAAACAGCUGAACAAAGUAACUCAACUUCAGUAUUUUCUCAAAAUGGGAGAAGUGUCUUGAAAGUUGUAAGCGUCUUAAAUUGUUUCAUUGCUUCUGAAUCUGGGUUUUGCCACAGGCUUAGUAUUUGAGGGAUGAUAUUUGCUACUGUACCAACUUCUUUCCAGAGAUAAAGUUUUGGCUUUGGGUCAAACUGGAGGAGUUUGUCAUUCUGUGAGUUGGAACCGGUUUGAUUAUUUUUAUUUUUUUUUUUACAGACUGCUUAGGAAGCAUAGCUUUUACUUCAGCUGUAUG